GGGUUUCCUGGUCACAGAGUCCAGUGGAGAAGCCUGGACAGUGGUGUUCCCCGCCUCACAGCCCCUGGUGGGAGCCUGCAGGGCGCUCACAGCUCACACGGCGGAUUGAAGCUCGGAGUCGCCACCAGGCCGGGGCAGGGACCGCCAUUCCUGCAGCGGCUUCUGCUCCCGGCCGCUCGGACUACGGAGUGCAAUGGCGGCGCCGGUGCUGAGUCGCGGGGCUGAGGUUGGCGUGACCUUUGAGGACAUUGCCCUGUACUUCUCCAGGGAGGAAUGGAGCCUCCUUGAUGAGGGUCAGAGACAGCUGUACCUGAAUGUGAUGCUGGAGAACUUUGAACUUGUAUCCUCGCUGGAGACUGCUGUUCAGACUGCAAAGCCAGGUUGGACCCAUUGUACACGGAUUAAGGGCAGACAUACCUCGACUUGAACAGCCAUACCAGGACAUAUCCACUUGAAAUUGACCCCAAAGACUGAGCUGUCUUAAUCAUCAUCAUGUACUGAGUUCUAUUUGCUUUAGGGAUCUGGCAAAUUGUAGGGGCUUGCAAUGUGGGCUGGGGAAAGGUGUACAAUCCAGA